AUGGCGUCCAAACUUCACAGUCUCUUCGACAUUCAACCUGUUUCCGUGACCAACCCGGAACCGACAUACCAGAAGAGCAAGGGCAAAGCACCUCAAACGCUCGGCGAUGUAGGUGUACUACCGGACGUCGAACUCGGGGAUUUUGCUUCUCGCAAAACAGGCGAUAGCCGACAAGCAUCGUAUGCAGAGCAUGAAUUGCCCAAGGGCGCGCAGACCCCGAAAACCCCCAAUGAACUCGAGAUGAGUCGUCCGGCCACACCGAAUCGAGAGGAUGCAGUCGGUACUAUCAGGACCUGGAACGCUCAACCGAUGACCAAAUGGAGAAUCCUUUGCUGUUGCUUGAUCUACUUUUCAAACGGAAUCAACGACUCAGUCGUCGGUGCUUUGAUUCCGUACAUGGAGUCGUACUACCACAUCUCGUACUCCAUCAUGUCUCUGGUCUUCGUUGGCAACGCCAUCGGUUUCAUCUCUGCCGCCUUCUUCACGAACACCAUCCUAGGCAAGUUCGGAAGGGCAAAGACUCUGAUCAUAGCAGAAUUGAUACAGUUGUCCGCAUACGUUAUCCUUGUUUGCACCCCUCCGUAUCCUUUGGUCGUUGUAUCUUUCUUUCUCUUGGGAUUCGGUGCAGCCAUCAACCUGGCCCUCAACAACGUCUAUUGUGCGAACACUCAUCCACCUUCCGUCAUUCUUGGCCUCUCGCAUGGUAGUUAUGGCGUCGGUGGAAUAGUUGCACCCAUUAUCGGAACAGCAAUCGUCUCACAAGGAAUUUUGUGGUCGCGCUUCUACUUCCUUACCGUCGGACUGCGACUUUGCUGCAUCGCUUUCGCAGCAUGGUCUUUCUGGUCAUACACGGAAGACUCUGAGGAAACUCUCUUGGAGACCACGACCAGUAGGCAAACUGCUGCGGAAGAUGCCGCCUCCAAGAUGAAGAACCUUAAGCUCGCUCUGAAGAACAAAGUCACCAUCUUCGGCGCCUUGUUCAUCUUUGCAUACCAAGGAGCCGAAGUGAGCAUUUCAGGCUGGUUCAUCUCAUACCUCAUCAACUACCGUAAUGGCGACCCUGCAAAGGUCGGAUAUGUCACAGCAGGCUUUUGGGGAGGCAUCACGCUUGGCCGUUUUGUACUCACUCAUGCUGCGCCCAGAAUAGGCGAGAAGAGAUUUGUCGUCAUCCUCACUCUCGGCACCAUAGCUCUUCAACUUCUGGCAUGGUUGACACCAAAUUUGAUCGGAAAUGCAGUCGCUGUCUGCUUGUUGGGCUUGUUGUUGGGCCCCGUCUACCCGUGUGCGCAGACCAUCUUCUCGCGCCUCAUGCCUCGUCAUAUUCAGACCACCGCAAUCGGAUUCAUUGGCGGAGCAGGAAGCUCAGGUGGUGCGGUUGCGCCCUUCACAACUGGUGUUCUCGCGCAGGCUUCCGCAAAGCGUACCUGCUUCUCCUGGAUCGCUCACAAAUUGGAAACCAUUCUCAACAAUAUCCCAAAACACAAUCUCCCACCGUCCAACAUGUUCGCGACACAAACCAUACAAAUCUUGAGCAUAUCCACCGCGCUGUUAGCGUCGGGCGGCAUCGCAGCAUUGUCUCUCUUCGACGUUCCAAUGUUACAAUCACAGCCAGCAUCUCGAUCUCUUCCAAUGAUACGCUGGCUCUUCUCAAGAGGCUCCCACACGUUUCCAACAGCCGCACUCACAUCCGCGUCCGGCUUCGUCUAUCUCGCUUACAAAUCUCUUCCACCAUCUUCUGUCAACUCGGUUUCCUCAAUCAUUCAGCAUGCCGUCAAGGGCAAGCCAGGCCUUUAUCUCGCCGCCGCCGCGCUUUCUUUCAGCAUCGCGCCAAUCACGGGUCUGGCCAUGAUACCCACGAACUUCGCCCUUAUCAAGAAGAAUGAAGAGUUGGGCGGGAGCCGAAGCAGGGCGUCUGCCGAGUAUCGGGAGAAGGCUGGAUCGAAAGAGAGAAGCGCUGAUGAAUCCGUGAACAGCAAGGGUGACGUGAGUCAAUGGAAGGAUUUGAGUGUACCGCAAGAGAAAACGGAGAGGCAGAGUACCCGAGCAGAGGAUCAAGAGGUAAAUGAGCUGUUGGACAAAUUCGGCAAGUUGAACAUGCUGAGGGCGGUAGCUAUUGGCUCGGGUGGUAUCGUGGGGUUGAUGGCUGUUUUGGUGUAG